CGAGAAGAAGAAAAAGAAAACAUAGGUUAUAAACUUCUAAUAAAUGUAGGUUAUGAUUAGAAGCAGGGAUUAAUAGUGUAAUUUUAUUUGAAAUUAAACUGUUUCAAAGAUUUUCCAUUGAAAUUCAAAAAUAACAGAUAAAUAAAAUGUUGAUUUUGUUACGCGGAUUAAAAUACCUGAUAUCCUUACCUGCAUAAUUAUUACAUUUUAUUCAAUUGAUAAUGAAGAAUCGAUAAGACAGUCGUAUCUAAACUCUAGUAACGUGUACAACAAGACUGUUUCAGCAGGAAUCAUAUUAGGAAAAAUGGGGACUAUUAAUGUGUUUACAGAAAAGUUUAAGAAUAUAAUAAUGGCUCCUCUCACAACAGUGCAAUUAGAAACCAACGAUAAGGAUUUGAAAUUAGAUUCUUCCAUAUCUAGUGAAUGGUCACCUUCUAAUGAUAAAAAGUCGUGUUCCUAUUGUCGAGUAGAAUUUCCAGAUAGCAAAGUACAAAGAGAACAUUAUAAAUUAGAUUGGCAUCGUUAUAAUUUGAAACAAUCACUUUUAAUCAAACCACCAAUAUCUGAAGACGAUUUUAAUAUUAAAAUUGAAAAAGAUGAUGUGUCUAGUAUAUCAGGAUCUGAUUCCGAAAAAGAAGAUACACUUGAUACUUUCGCUAAUGCCCAAGGAAUAAUAUUUUUAAAAAACGACAAAGGAGCUGUGGUUUCAUUGUACAAAUCACUCGUUAUGAAUAAGAAGGAAAUAGUUACAGAUGAAGAAAUUGGAAAUCGUCUGAGAAAUUACUGUCAAAAUAAAUGGACUAUAUUGAUGAUAGGUGGUGGUCAUUUCGCAGGGGCUGUUUUCCAAGACAACGAAGUUAUUAUCCAUAAAACGUUCCAUUAUUAUACAGUUAGAGCUGGCCAAGGAGGUUCGCAAAGUUCCAGAGAUUCAAAAUCUAGUGGAACACAACCGAAAAGCGCAGGGGCGUCUCUUAGAAGAAACAACGAACAAGCUUUCAUUCAGCAUGUUAGAACUCUUCUUGAUUCUUGGAAGGAACAUUUAGAAGAUAGUCUAGUGAUAUAUCGUGCUAGUGGAGGUUACAACCAAUCAAUUCUUUUCGGAGGAAAUAAUUCGAUAUUAAAUAAAAAAGAUAUGAGAAGUAUUCCUUUUCCCACAAGGAGACCUACUUUUAAAGAAGUAAAAAGGGUUCAUCAGUUGCUCACUACUGUUUCUGUAUACGAUUCAGUGGAUAAAGCUGUAAAAUCAUUCGCGAAGGAAGUUUCACCUGAGAGGGAAUCAAAGCGCAAUAAAAUUCGAUCGUCUUGUAUAAAUAGAGCGAAAUCUCGAGAAAACGUCGAAAGACCACUUCCGACUGAACAUCUUUCUAGUGAAAGCGAAAUCGAAGAUGACACAAAAGAACUUUUAUCCACUGCAGAUUUAGAAAUAUCUUUUGAUGAUUUAAAAGAGUUUGAUGAUAGUUUAACGGCCGAACAGAGAAAAAAGACCAAAAAGAAAAAAUCUAGGAAAAGUAAAAAUAAAAAAUUGAAAGAAUUGGAGGAGUGUAGAAAAAAGAAUUUGAUAGAAUUGAUAUGUAAUGGAGAUUUAGAACAGUUACAACAUAUAUAUGAAGAACAAUUAAAACUAAUGGCAGAAGAAAGAAAUAUCGAAGAAUUUAUAAAUCAAAUUGUAGAUAAUGAAUCAAAUACUCUGUUACAUAUAGCAGCUCAAAAAGAACAAAAGGAUAUUAUGGAUUUUUUAUUAAAACACAAUGCCAAUCCUUGUUUGAAAAAUAAGGAGCAACUUACGGCUUAUACUUGUACACAAAGCAAGGAAAUUAGAGAAUUUUUAAGGCAAUUCGCCAGAGAAAAUCCAGAAAAACAUAAUUACAAUAAGGCUCAAAUACCUAUUAACGCUCUAACAAAUGAGGAAGUUGCCGAAAAGAGAAAAGCAAUGAGAAAAGUUAAAAGGGAAAAAGAAAAAGAGAAGAAGAAAGAAAACGAGAUUAAAAGAAAAGAAGACGAAGAAAAGAAGAGGUUUUUAACUUUAAGCGAUAGAGAAAAGAGGGCGCUAGCUGCUGAGAGGAGAAUAAUUAGUCAGUCGGGAAAAGUAACGAAACGUUGCUUUUUAUGCGGUUCCGAUAUAGCUGGAAAAGUACCGUUCGAGUACAUGCAAAAUUUAUUUUGUACUAUAGAUUGUCUCAAAGCUCACAGAAUGCAAAAUCCCCUCGUGCUAUCAUAAAUUUUCAACUAAAAAUUAUAAGUUCGAGAAUUUUUUUGUUGUUUUUGGAAUAAAAUUCAUAUAUUUUUUCAAA